AUGAAAUUAAAAAUACUAUAUAAUUUGACUAGUUAUUCUUUUAAAUAUAGAUUAAAGUUAAAUCAUAAACAAAGUUAUCUUUCAAUGAUAUUUUCCAACUUUUACUCAACAAACACUGAUGAAUUAAAAGAAUAUAAUAUUCCGUUAGAAAAUAUACGGAAUUUUUGUAUUAUUGCACAUAUCGAUCAUGGAAAAAGUACAUUAGCCGAUAGACUUUUGGAAAUUACAGGAGCAAUAAAAAUAAAUUCUGGAAUGCAAGUAUUAGAUAAAUUACAAGUAGAGAAGGAAAGAGGAAUUACAGUUAAAGCUCAAACAGUUUCCUUAAAAUAUAUGCUAAACAAUAAAGAAUACCAACUCAAUCUAAUAGAUACCCCUGGGCAUGUUGAUUUUUCAUCCGAAGUGCAUCGUUCAUUGGCAGCAUGCCAAGGUGUUUUAUUGGUGGUUGAUGCAAAUGAUGGUGUUCAAGCACAAACAGUAGCAAAUUAUUAUCUUGCUCAUGGUAAUAAGCUUAAAAUAAUUCCUAUUAUAAAUAAAAUUGAUUUGAAGAAUGCAAAUCCAGAAAAAGUAGAGCAACAAUUAAGUACUAUAUUUGGCAUAAAUGGUGAUGAAAUUAUUAAAAUUUCUGCAAAACAUGGUACCUACGUUGAUGAAGUUUUAAAAGCUGUAGUUGAACGAAUUCCAAAGCCAACAUGUGUCAGAGAUAAAUCAUUAAAAGUACUUAUUUUUGAUAGUUGGUAUGAUAGUUAUAGAGGUGCAGUCCUUUUAGUUUAUAUUAAAGAUGGAAUUAUUUCAACUGGAGAUCGUAUAACAUCUUGUAAUACAGGAAAAUCAUACGAAGUGAAGUUAUUGUUACUUCUUAGGCCAGAGGAAGAAAAGGUUAACAAAAUAUACGCAGGGCAAGUAGGAUGCAUUAUUUGUAAAAUGAAAUAUGACGAAGCUAGCAUUGGAGAUACUCUUUACUUAUAUGGUAACCCAGUAGAACCUCUUCCUGGAUUUAACACAACAAAACCAAUGGUUUAUGCUGGUGUUUAUCCAGUAGAUAGUUCGCAAUAUCAUUCUCUAAAGAAUGCUAUGGAUAAGUUAACUUUAAAUGACAAUGCAGUAUCAAUAAUAAAUGAAUCUAGCCCAGCAUUAGGUCAAGGAUGGCGACUUGGUUUUCUUGGACUAUUACAUAUGGAAGUGUUUAGCCAGCGACUUGAACAAGAAUUUGAUACUCCAUCAAUUUUUACUACACCUGGAGUUGUAUAUAAAGCAAAAAUUUUUGGUAAAAAAAAUAUUACUCAUUAUAAAAGUGAUGAAGUUUAUUUUUGUAAUCCAUCACAUAUUCCCAACAUAAGUAUAGUAAAGGAAAUGUAUGAACCUACAGUUUUAGGAACAAUUAUAACACCAGGUGAUUAUUAUCAAUCUAUUCUACAUUUUUGUUUGGAAAGAAGAGGUAUAGAAAAAUCAAAUAAGAACAUUGAUGAAUCAAGAAUUAUACUUCAAUUUAUCUUACCUUUAAACGAAAUUAUUACCGAUUUUCAUGACGAAUUAAAACGUAUGACCUCUGGAUAUGCAAGUUUUGACUAUGAAGAUUAUGGUUAUCAGUUAAGUGACAUAGCAAAGAUGGAAAUAUUAUUAAAUGGACGUCCAGUGGAAGAGCUUAGUACAAUUGUUAAUAUGAGUAAAAGUGUUUCAAAGGCAAAAAAAAUAUGUGCUAAAUUAUUAAAUGUAAUACCGAGACAACAAUUUCUUAUUUCAAUUCAAGCACGAAUAGGAAGCAAAAUUUUAGCAAGAGAAAACUUGCCAGCUUUAAGAAAGGAUGUUACAGCACAUUUGUAUGGCGGUGACGUUACAAGAAGGAUAAAGUUGUUACAAAAUCAAGCACAAGGAAAAAAAAAAAUGCGAAUGAUAGGCAACAUUGCUUUGCCUCGUAAAGUCUUUGUAGAUCUAUUAAAAACAUAAGUCAGAUAUAGUUGUACUAUGGGAAUGAUGUAAAUAGGUGUUUCAACUGCAAAAACAAAAAAUUUUUAUUGAACACUUUAUUCAUGUAUAAUCCGGUGUCAAGAGAUCACAGAUUGAUUUAUUUAUGCAUAAAGAAAAACCAAUUUAUUAUUUCAGUACAAAUAUGCUAAGGAAGAAAAACCGUUACUUUAUAGGUUUACAUAUAAAUUAAUGAUAAAUAUUGCAAAAGAAAACAUUUUUACAAUGAA